AUGCCUAUCAUCUCACAGACGCCGAACAUGGCGCCCACGGACGAGGACGAGGCCGCCGCAGAGUGUGAUGAGCCUCCUGGGUAUCGGGCCAGAGGCACCGCAGUUCAUCAACACCCACCAACCAGCAACAACAAUGUCAACUCGAAACUCAAGCCCAAUAAGGAAUCUCUCCUUACCCGUGCUCUUCUGAGCAGCCCCGAGCUCUCUCCUACCGACCGUCCUGCUUCGUCUACCAUCACCUGGAGAAGCGUCCCGGCUUUCUCUAUUAAUUCUAACCACAGUGGGCCGUCAACUGCAGAACUCACCAGCGACGGUGAAUUGACCACUCCACCUCGAUCGACCACGCCAUCUCCUCCACCGCCAACACAGUUCACCCGUCCACCUUGGCUCGGCGCCGAACCUGCCUCCAAACCCGUCUCCCCCGUGGACGAGCACGAGCUGAAACUCGAAGCGAACUUGGGUCGGAAACGAUGCAUCACCUUCGCCUGUGCCAGCAAGGUCGAUGCAAUUGAACACACCCAGAGUGAUCCCGUGGCCAGAGAGCCUCCUAAGCGCAAGUCGACCAUCAAGUUUGCCUGUCCUGCCAGACCACGAGAUAUCGACGUUGAUGUUAAGAACGAUCGACAUACACCGCGCAGGCCAUCUGCUGGUAUUCGAGGAAGCCGAUCACCAGCCCCAAGGUGUCUGCAGUCCAGGCACCAGGCCCGAUCGCUGCAACUAUCGCAGACGCCAGUAUCCACUCCUAUCGGCCCCGCAGACGGGACGACUGGCUCGUUAAAGGUGACAGGUCUAGGCAAGUUCGAGUUGUCAGACGCCACGCGAUUCCAGGAAUUUGGUAGCUCGCUGGAAGAUGAAGAUUGGCUAAACGAGUCGUCGGACUACAAACAGAAGAUGACCUUGGCUGACUCUACCUCACACUCCGACACCGCUAUGCCACCGCCGAUGAAAUGGAGAGACUCCCACAACUCCAUUGAAUCCCUCACCAGUCCAGGACCAUUUGAAGAAGUCACCCCAAAACCAAAGCGUGCCGUGACCAAGGAGAAGAAGCCAAAGUCCACCGCCCCUAGUCUCCCAGAUAGCACCGACUUCGUCUGCGGAACCAUAGACGAGGAUCGCUCCAUCGAAGUAGCCUACAUUUCUCACAUGGAAGAGCGCCGCAGACAGAAACACAUCCCGAUUCCCCAGGAUAUCGACCCCAGCUUCCCGACCUCCGACCCCGAAGACGAGGAUGACGAAGAUGCCGACGAGGACGACGUGUCCGCCAAGCCAACCGCUCCUCGCAAGCAACAAGCCAGCGAUGUCGACGCCCACGUCGAGCCACCGCGCGGCCGACGCUCCAGUCGAACCAACAUCGAUAAGGCGCCAAAUGCUGCACCACACUCCCCUCGCAGACUAUUCGGGCACUCUCCACGUCGCCUCCGCUCACCACCGCCACCUGGCCGUCUUCGCUCCCCUCCUCCAUCUCGCCGGACAUCCCUCAUCCACCCUCCCAACAUGACAGGUGCCGGUCCCAGCGCAAAGAUGAUAACCAUCGCCCUCGCUGAACGGCCAAACCGCACCCGCACUUCUUCCCUUCCACGAACCCCUAACCCCUUCUUCGCCCGCGCCUAUACAUCCCACAGCAUCUACAAACGCACUUCCCGCUCCCCUUCCCCUUCCCCCUGUCCCAAAUCAUCCACAAAAAGCAAACCAAACCCAACACAUACCCGCGGACCCAUCGACAUCGUCGCUGGCCUAGAAAAGAAACGACAAAAGCGUAAAGAGAAGUUCUGGCGUCAGCAUUGUCGACGUGCCGCAAAAGAACAAAACCUUAAUCGUGACAAGAUAGUUCCUGGACGAGGCGCAGAGAGGAUGAAAGAGCUUGGUCUCGAGGUUGCUGAGAGGUUCAGGGCGUACGGCGUCGGUAUGGGCGUUGGUAUGGGUGGAAACGGACCGAAGCUCGUCCUUUCUAUUUGA